CAUAUACUUACUUCUUACAAACACGGUACCACGUAUUUGUAAACAACCAAUUUAACAGCAUAACAAGAUGCUUUACCACAGUACACGCGGAGGGUCAUCUGGCCAAACCUUUGAAGAGGUUGUAAUGCGCGGAUUAUCACCUGAGGGUGGUUUGUACGUGCCUGACUCGAUCCCUAAGGUGACUGUGCAACAACUACAGGAAUGGAGUCAGCUGCCAUUUUAUAAACUUGCAGCGGCCAUUAUGAAGUUGUAUAUUGGUGACGAGAUUUCGGAUGAGGACUUACUGGAUAUUUCAAGAAAGAGUUACGCUACCACCUUCUCGGACGGACUCACAACACCGCUGAAGAAGUUAGACGACGACCGUUAUAUACUGGAGCUGUUUCAUGGGCCUACCUUUGCGUUCAAGGAUGUAGCUCUCCAGUUCCUGGGUAAUCUGUUCGAGUAUUUCCUUAAGCGCAAGGCCGAGAAGGGAGAGUCGGUUAAGCCCAUUACCGUAUUGGGUGCCACUAGUGGAGACACCGGCAGUGCAGCUAUCUAUGGACUUAGAGGCAAGGAGAACAUCGAUGUGUUUAUCUUGCACCCCAAAGGACGCGUGGCAAACGUACAGGAGAGGCAAAUGACCACUGUGUUGGAUAGCAACGUACAUAACAUCGCAGUGGACGGCUCAUUCGACGACUGCCAGGCCAUUGUCAAGGAGUGCUUCUCCGAUAAGCAGUUCAACACCACCUACGACUUGGCGGCGGUCAACUCCAUCAACUGGGCACGAAUCCUAGCACAGAUCACGUACUACUACAGCAGCUACUUCCAGUACCUGAAGCAGAACGACCAAAUGUCGCAAAUUUUGGACUGCAGCGACAUGCAGAACCUGCCCACACUCACAUACGUCGUUCCUACCGGAAACUUCGGAGACAUUCUGGCGGGCUUCUACGCGACCGAGAUGGGUCUACCUACACAGCUGGUCAUCGCCACCAACUCUAACGAUAUCUUGCACCGCUUUGUGCAAACGGCUGAGCAGGAGGUCAGAGCCGUAGAGCCCACCAUAGCGCCCGCGAUGGACAUCCAGAUCUCCUCCAACUUUGAACGCUAUCUGCUGCACUUGGCCAACAACGACACCGCCAAGGUGGCUGCAUGGAUGAGCGACUUCAAGACCAAAGGCAAGAUGUCGGUGUCACCUGAAGAGCACCAGAAGGUCAAGGACUCCUUCAUGUCCAACAACUGCAACGAGCUACAGAUUCUAACGGCCAUCAAGAAGUACCAUGAGAAGUAUAACUACAUCGCCUGCCCACACACCGCCUGUGGUCUGCACGCCAUGGACGAGCACCUCAACGAGACCACCGAUGCAUCAUACAAGAAGGUGCUCAAGAAGGGCAGUGCCGCUGCCAUCACCUUGGCAACGGCCCACCCAGCCAAAUUUGAUGUGGCUGUGCAUAGGGCUAUCGGCCAGGAUCCAGUCUUCCCCGGCCCUCUCGAAGCGUGCAAAACGAUGGAGACACGCUGUCUAUCAAGUGCCGCUGAUAAGGAGGCGAUUAAGAAGUUGGUGGCCAAGUACUCGUCACGUAACCCUGACAACCAGAAGCAGAGCAAGGGGUGGAAGCUGAUCAGCGCGUGCCCCGUUACCAUGGCAACGAAUAUUGGUAUCGCCCUGGGCGGAGCUUUCGUCGUAUACUCGGCGUUCAAGUACUUUACAAAGAAGUAAAGCCGCCCUUGCUAUAACUUAGAAUUGAAUACCGUAUCAAUAAUAAGGACUUACCUUUCAGUUGUUACAGCUGUGUGGAGGUUUGUAAUUGUGUGGUAUCGUAUGUGCAUACUUCUUUAUUGGUCUUCGCAAAUGCCUAAACGAACAAUUCAAUCGGUUGCCGCUGUAUAGCCUGUUAUGAACUCGACAAUGAGAGCGAGCGCCUUAGGCUCUGACCUUUCGCUAUGUACUUGCGGUCAACCCCAAUUUGUUUUGACCAGCAAAGGUUACGAAUGUACUACAUUUUAAGCGCGUACCAUAUACGCGCCCAAGGACUUGUGCGGCACUCUAAGAAUUCAUUUACUGAAGAUGUGAAAUAAAAUGCGUUACAUGUUCGUACCUUUAUAGAACAAAUGCAAUAAGAAGUG